AUGGCUGUGUGUGAAAUUUCAGCGAGGUUGGGAUUAGUUCGGGUUGAACUAGAAUGUCAGUGCGAAGUUCCACAAGACCAGCUGGCACUAGCUGUCACUGGCUCCAUCCCCCAGUUAGGGAAUUGGAAUCUGAAGGAUGCACUAAUUGCAGAGCAAGUCCCCAUGCAUUCAGGAAAAUGGGUUGUAGGAGUGAAAUUGCCCGCAGGCUUGGAUUUUCAAUAUAAAUGGGUAAUUGUAUGGCGAGAUAGCCUCUCCCCUUUCCUUUGGGAAGAUGGGGCUAAUCGAUUUACCCAUAUUGAAGAGAGCGGAAGAUAUAUAUGUGCCUGGAAUUCUGGAGCGGUCUUCCAACCCGUAAUAGGAACUUCAGGUUUUGCAUUAAGCAGUCCCCCAGUGAGAAAUCCGCAACUCCAGGACUUGAUCAGUAUAUUGGAAGAAAUCGCACAAAGCGUAAACGAGCAUUGUGAACGUAACGGCAAUGUACCAAGGUCUCCUCCCCGUGGAAUCUUAUACACUGUCUACAAUUUCAUCAAAAGUGGAAUAGUCAGGGUAUGCAGCUGGCUGUGGCAAAAAUUACAGAGUUUCUGGCAUCCAACACCACCACCACCACCACAAGAAGAGGAUUUGGGGACUUGGGUUUAAUUUCUUUUUUUUUUUUACCCGUACUGUACAUUAACUUUUUUAAGGGUACAAUUCCCAAUUUGACAUAUAAAGUCUAUUUUUGGUCUCCAUCACACAUCAUCAAAUUAUUUUACAGUUUAAUAUUAUUGAGUAAUAAAUUUUAUUUUUGAUAAAUAUCUUUAAGAAA